GGAAACUCAGCCGUUGAAGGCACGAGAGGCUAAUCGUUAGCCUACGACUUGUUGAGCCGCCAUCGACCCUUUCAUGCCGAACUCUUUCAACAACAUUCGAACCAUCACAGAUCAGGGGGAACUCGUACCGUGUUUCACUGUGGCAGUUGUUGGCGUCAAAACGUCAGCUCCCGAUGUGGGAUCGGUAUAUGGACCCAUUGAGAUCUCUGGUGUAAAUCUUUGCCAUGAAGGGACGCCUCGAGAGCUCGAAGCUUUCUUGGUGGGCAGUGCUGGGUGGAACAAAUAUGGAGAAGAUAUGGUUAGAUGCCAACUCUUGGUGCUGUGCAUCGGUGAUUGACUGAUCUCUCGUAUCGAGAAUCGCCUCUAGUACCCAGUUUUUGCUAUGUUUCUUCCCUUACUUGGGUAUGUGUGCUUCUGAUCAUGGUAAAGAUAUUCUUCUUACGGUGUAAAUGGGUGGCCUGUUGGUGGCCGAGGGUGAUUUGAACAGGCAAACCGAGACAUACACAGGCUUUGAUUGUUAAAGCUGUGAAAUGUCAUGCAUUUGCCUGCCAAAAUCACGUUCGUAUAAGCCCACGUCUCAUCCUUGGUUGAAUCCUACAUAUUUCUUGUC